AUGUCCACCGAUCACAAUCCCUCCACCGAUGAAGCGGAAAAGGAGAAAUCUCUCUCCGUAGCCCAAGAACCUCAGCGACCGACACGAACCCCCAAAUUCGCCGACUACAUCCGCAUCUUCAGCUACGCAACAAGAUGGGACUUCUUUGUAUACACCGUCGCCUCCAUCGCCUCCAUAGGUGCCGGCGUUACCAUGCCACUGAUGAACAUCAUCUUCGGCCAACUCGUUGGCCAGUUCACAGAUUACUUCAAAGACGUCUCCAGCAUGUCCGAAGGCGACUUUCGGGGAAUCUUGAACAAGCAGGCUCUUUACAUCAUGGCCCUUUUCUUGGCUCGUUGGGGUCUCAACACAAUCAACAAGUACUGCUUCCGCAUGAUCGGUAUCCGCCUAUCAUCCGCUGUUCGUCUUCACUAUCUCCAAUCUCUCUUUGCUCAGUCCAUCCAUGUCAUCGACUCGAUGCCUGCUGGAGCACCUGCCACCGCUAUCACAUCGACCUCCAACACUCUUCAAGUUGGAAUCUCUGAGCGCCUGGGAACUUUGUUGGAGUAUAACGGUACUAUCUGGGCCGCCAUCAUUGUUGCUUUCGUAUGGAGUUGGGACAUCACCCUCGUCGUCUCAUCGCUCAUACUGUACAUGAUGGUUGUUCUAGCCAUUACGAUGCCCAUCAUGCUGAAGGCUCAGAUAGCAACGGCUGCAGCGGAUGCUCAGGGUACCGCUAUAGCAAGCGAGGCAUUGCAGGGCAUCCGUCUUGUCACGGCGUGUGGCGCUCAGUCGCGUGUCAUCGCUCGGUACCAAGAAUGGGUGUGGAAAGCAAUGGGAGAAGGUCAAAAGAUGGCUCCUUUCAUGGGCCUCCACCUUGGACUGAUCUUCUUUGGUGUUUUUGGCACUUUUGGCCUUGCAUUUUGGUACGGUAGCCAACGAUAUAUCACAGGUGCUAUAAGCAACCCCGGUGUUAUUAUUAUCGUCCUCAUGUCGGUGAUGAUGAUCCUUACGUCAAUGGAACGUGUAGCAACACCUGCCAUGGCUGUUAGCAAAGCCAUGGCUGCUGCUUGUGAGUUCUAUACCGUUAUCGAUGCACCCCUUCCUGCUUCUGGCUCCCUCAAGCCGAACAUCGACUCGUGCGACAUUGUAUUCGACAAUGUGAUCUUCGAGUACCCGAGUCGGCCAGGCGUUCGUGUUCUGGAUGGCUUGAGCUGUUCCAUACGUGCUGGGCAGAACACUGCCAUUGUUGGCCCCUCGGGUUCUGGUAAAAGCACCGUUGUUGGCUUACUGGAGCGAUGGUACUCUCUGAAACCGCACCAUGUCCUCCCCGUUGUUGUCGAGGCCAAGCCACAGAAGGAGACGAAUGCGGAUACUGAAAGUCAGCCUGUGGUGGACCAAGGCACUGCUCUACAUCCUCUUCUAUCUGGAAAAAUCUCUACCGGCGGCCAUAAUCUGGAAGACCUCGAUGUCAAAUGGUGGCGAUCCCAGAUCGGUUUGGUACAACAAGAACCAUUCCUCUUCAAUGACACAAUCUUCAACAAUGUUGCGCGCGGUCUCAUUGGCUCUGAGUGGGAAGACUGUCCGGAAUCAAAGAAGCGUGAGUUAGUACAAAACGCAUGUCAAGAAUCUUAUGCAGACGAGUUCAUCAGUCGACUUCCCGAUCAUAUGCAGGGUUACGACACACGUGUUGGAGAUGGUGGAGCAAAACUUUCUGGGGGUCAAAAGCAACGCCUGGCAAUCGCGAGGAGCAUCAUCAAGAAGCCCAGAAUCAUCAUCCUAGAUGAAGCCACCAGUGCUAUUGACGCGAAAAGCGAGAAAAUUGUCCAGGCUGCACUUGACAGGGUUGCGCAGAACCACACAACUGUUACUAUCGCCCACCGUCUCUCAACUAUCAAGAAAGCGGAUAACAUCAUCGUCUUGCAGAAGGGAAACGCUGUGGAACAAGGUACACACGCAGAUCUUAUGGCUGAUAGCUCGGGAGUCUACUACUCCUUGGUUCGUGCACAAGCUUUGCGUGGCAUGGAACAGACGGAGGAACACACCCUUGCUGAUACCGAAAUGGCUAAGCAUGUUGCCCAAGAAGAUUUGACUGAGAUCGCUACUCCAGCUCCCACAGUUCAGCAAGACUUCCCUCAGAAAACUCGAGGUCUCUUCAAGAGUUUCGGAAGACUCUUUUAUGAGCAGCGAGCCAAGUGGCCCACCUACAUAGGCAUUAUCCUCUCGUCCAUGGCCGUCGCAGCUGGUACCCCCAUCCAAGCCUGGCUCUUUGCCAAAGCCCUCGGUGUCUUCCUCCUCCAGGGCGAUGACUUGAAAAGCGAGAGUCAGUUCUGGGGUUUGAUGUGGUUUGCUCUCGCCGGAGGUGUUGCCCUUGGGUAUUUAUCAGAGGGUUGGAUCGGUUUGCGCAUGCAGUACUAUGUCAGUGCAGUGUACAAGUCCCAGUACCUGAACGACAUGCUGUUCCAGAAACUCGCUUAUUUCGAUAGCGAAGAAAACUCUCACGGUUCGCUAAGUUCAAGAGUUUCAAGUGACGCAAAGCAGUUGGAAGAGCUUCUUGGCGUUAAUCUUGCACUUCUUCUCUCCGCUGUUUUCAACGUUACGGGCUGCGUCACUAUUUCUCUUGUCUUUGGUUGGAAACUUGGGUUGAUCGCCAUGUCCGUCGCCCUUCCUGUCAUGAUAGGCGCUGGGUGCUGGAAGUUCAAGCAUGAAGUUCAUUUCGACAAGAUGAACUCGGCUGUGUUCAUGGAGAGCUCCCAGUUCGCUACUGAAGCAAUCGAGGCGAUGAGGACAGUUUCGUCCUUAACAAUGGAAGACUCAAUCACCAGCCAAUAUCGCGAGCUUCUGAACAGCCAUGUCAACGCAGCAAACCGGAAGGCACAGUGGACUUCUGCAAUAUUCGGCUUCGCCGACAGUGUCGGGUUAGGGUGUCAAGCACUUCUGUUCUGGUACGGCGGUAGCUUGCUGGCCAGUGGGGAGUACACAAUGGAGGCCUUCUUCGUCUGCUACAUGGCUGUCAUGCAAGGAGCGGAGGCUGGUAGUCUGGGAUUUGGUCUGGCGCCCAGCGCUGCACAAGUUACAGCUUCUGCGAACCGAAUCCUCAAUGUGCAAAGAUCCGUCCACCCCGAUCAUUUGUUGGGCAGUUCCCCAGGCAGCGGCAUCAAUGGUGUUCAUGGUGGAGUCAAGAUUGAGCUUCGGGACGUAUCGUUCAAGUAUCCCACCAGAGACGUCUCUGUGUUUGACUCGCUGAGCAUCACCAUCGAGAAAGGCCAGUACGUCGCUUUUGUUGGUGCGUCUGGAUCAGGCAAAUCGACAGUAAUAUCGCUUCUUGAGCGAUUCUACGACCUGGAACCUGGCAACGGUGCGAUAUUGUGUAACGACCAAGACAUCAAGCUCACAAAUGUUUACGAGUAUCGGCAGGCCUUAUCACUCGUAUCUCAAGAGCCUGCCAUGUUUCGAGGGUCUGUCCGCGAUAACAUCCUGUUCGGCGUCACCGACCCCGACUCUGUCUCCGAUGAGCAGAUUCACCAAGUCUGUCGUGACGCUUUCAUCCACGAGUUCAUCAUCUCGCUGCCUGAGGGCUAUAAUACCGAUGUCGGUCAUAAGGGUGUUUCGAUGUCGGGAGGCCAAAAGCAGCGUAUUGCUAUUGCUCGUGCCUUGAUCCGCGAUCCCAAGCUUCUCCUCUUGGACGAAGCGACAUCGGCUCUUGACUCAGAAUCCGAGAAGAUCAUCGCAGCUGCGAUUGACAAAGCUCGCGAUGGCCGGACUGUGAUUUCUGUGGCCCAUCGCCUGUCAACUGUUCAAAAUGCGGAUGUUAUUUUUGUCUUCGAUGACGGGAGAGUGAUGGAGAAGGGAAGCCAUACUGAUCUUGUCAAUAAACAAGGCAUCUACUGGGAGAUGUGCCAGAGUCAGGCACUGGAUCAAUAG